AUGUCUCGAAGUUCAAUGUUUAGCUCUCCUUUAAAGAGAGAAAGACCCUCAUCAAUAUAUCACAACAACUUUAAUAAUCUUGGUGUAGUAAACUAAAAUGAUUUAUCAUAUAAUAGUUAACUGAGUGAAAGUUAAGCUUUCUCAAAUAAAGUUUUUGAUGCUAAAGAUUAUGCUACAGAUGGUCUUACUGAAUAAGAAGUUCACAUAUACAAAUAGGUUUUUGACCUUUAUGAUUAAACAGGAGAAGGGUAUUUAAAUCCUGGUAAGAUUAGAAAUGCAAUGAAAAAAUAUGGCAACUAUAAUGCAAGUUUGCAAUUAGUUUAUGAAAUACAAUCAAAUUUUGAUAAUAACUUAGAUGGUAAAAUUGAUUUCGAAGAAUUUGUUAGAAUGAUGAGGAUGAAACCUUGCUAAUAAGACUCUGCUGAAGAUGUCAAACAUAUUUUCUAAUAAAUAUCAAAUUACUAAGAUGAAGGAAUAACACCAGAAGAUUUAGUGGAACUGGCUUUAAGUUGCAAUGAUACAUUAUCGUAUGAAGAUGCUGUAAAAAUUAUAAAAAAAUUAGAACCAAACAGUGAAAAGCUGUCUAUGAAGAAGUUUAUUGAAUUCAAUUUGAGAUGCGAAUUUUGA